AUGUUGCUUCGAAUGUUCACAGCCGUUGAGAAACUCGUUACAUGGAGUGACACAACUGGUGGCACCCCGUGGAGUACGGAGGAGGCAUGCGGGAAAGGCGCUAUCCAGCUCGUCCAAGUCCUCUUCAGUGAUGAAUAUGUCUUGAUCGGGACGUCACCUAAAACGCCAGCAUGCGGUAUUAAAGACAUCACGGAAAUAAUCAACAAAUUUUGCCAAAAGCAAGUGUCUUCGAAUUCGGCGGCUUGCGAAGUAACACCAGAAGCAUUCGCUGAUGCUGCAUUUUCAUCCCUAUGUGGGGCAGCUCUCAACCCCUCCAUGCUGCUGCGUUUUAAUUGUGAUCCAGGAUUUGUGAAGCCUGAGUCAUCUUGCCUCGCUGCACGGGCUUCACAAAGUGCUUACAAUCAUGCAGGUACAUGCAACUGCCCUAGUGGCAGAGCAAGCUGUGGCUUUCAGCAAGCUUUCAACGACAUAGGCUGGCGGACCGCAUUGCCUGAAGGCCUAACAAUUGUAGUUUCUGAGGGAGUUGCGUACAAGACCACCGAUAAACGGUUCUCAGUGCUUGAUGAUGCCGCCCUCAAUUGUCUUUCAGAUGACGUGUACAUUCUGUGUGAAGAGGAGACAACAAGCGUCAGUGAUGGUGGCCCGCAAUGCACUGAUCUAUCUGAUCAAACGGUGGAUACUUUGGAAGAAGCCGUCUGCAGAAAUCUGUGCCUCGACUUAUGGGACAUUUUUAAGGAUCAAGCUAUGGCAGAACUGUCGCCAUACGAGACAUUUGAGGCAUUGGUGAAACAGUGGCAUGCUGAUAACCCGUGGGCACUUACUUCGUCGCUCAGUGCUCUCGCCAACAACUGCACAUACGACCGUCGGGCAGUUUUCGAUCUCGAGGAGGAAGCUUUUAACGUGCAAAAUUUAUGCCCUGAUUCACACAUCGCGGAUAUUAUUGGUUCCUUCUUUGGCUGCAAAUCGAAAAUUGUCGACGGGGAAGUAAGGCCUGCCUGCCAAGUGCAUGAUGCUACAAGCGCUGUACAACAAGAAUGUGCUUCUCCCAGCUUGGCCCAGUGCACAGUGUCCAGGAGCCAGUUUCCCUCUGCAUUGGAGUUGUGCCCAUCCUGCGAUACAUUCAGUCUUGUUGUAUUUUACAGCUGCAAGCUGAAGGCAGAAUCAUUAAGCGGGUAUGGCAUUUCUGCCCAUUCGCUGUCGGGAAGCAUGAUUUACCUGGGGAGCAUGCCAUCUUGCGCCUGCACUGAAGGCUCUACACCAGCCACACAAGAGGAGAUUAUUGCGCUACCAUCCUGGCAAGCGUCUAUUACACCGCCCCAAAGUUUCGUUCUGAGCGGCGCUCGUGGUGUAUCUGUCGACGAAGAUGGCCAGUUGACAUUUUCAAUUUGGGCCCCCUCCUCGGAGCAUGACUGUAUGAGCGAUUUCGUCCAAAUACUGUGCAAGCAUCCUGUAGAGGGGGACCCGAACGAAGGCAUGAUGAACCCAAGUGAGUCUUUAUAG